GGCAACUAAUGUUUCUUCAUAUGUUAUCUGAUUGUAAAUACUAUCACUGAAUAAUUGCUAUUUGGGUGUUGAUUUCCCGGCCAUUUUGCACAUCAGUAUAUAGCAUUUUGUUAUACACGGCACUUAGUUUAAAAGGGUUGUUGUUUAACAAAUGGCAAUACCCGGCCUGCCCAACCUUUGGACUCAAGGGUAUAAAACGAAGAAUUUUUCGUCUAAUAUUUCACAGUUGGCUAAACCUACCUGCUCUCACCUUCUGCCUUAUACUUGAGGAACUUUUCAGGACUUUGACCUAAGCUUUUCUAGGCAGGAAGUCCAGAAUAUUUGCUUUCAAGCUGUUUAAUAAGAACAUAGACUUGAGGAUAUACAGUAUCUAAAUGGAAUCCUGGAAUACUCUGAACCAAGGAAUAAAGUUUUGAAGGUUCAAUUUAGGAGAUUCUCUAAGGUGUGUGACAUCACAGUAAAGAAUGUAUGGAGGUAAUCCUGUCCAAGUAUUUCCACCAAGAAACUACUCCCCUGACCCACCCUCCCUGGGGUCUGGCAUGUCUCGACCCAGUGGGAAAUCGAUCUACAUGCAAAGAAAGGAGUAUGCAGAAUCAAUCAGCAGACAGCCAGACAACUUUCAGCACAGAGUGGAGCACCUUUUCACCUGUGAGGUAGAUGGCAGAGAGGUGAGCAGCAUUGAAGAUUGUGUGACCAGACUGAAGAAUAUGGACAGUAAAGGGAAAGUGUGGGGUCAGGACAUGAUCAUGCAGGUCCAGGGGAACAACCUACAGCUGUGUGACAUAGAGACCAAGGAGGUUUUAGAGUCUAUGAAUCUGAGUAGCAUCAAAAAGACGAAAGCUGUGCUGGACAGCUGUGUGUAUGACUCCCUUCUCAUUAUCAUGGUCCAGGAAUACAGCCAAAGCGCUCCACGGGCCUUCCUGUUCCAGUGCGAGGAGGGAGGGGCUCAGGGGGUGAUAAAUGAUCUGGACCAGGCAAUAAAACAAGGUGGAGAGGACUUCACCAAGGAACCACAAAUGGGCAUCAGGAGACACCUGGAAAACAUAAUUGGCCAGGGAUUUCCAGGGAGUAUCAAAAGACCAGCUAUCACACCGAUGGCGUCUAUCCCUCCUAUCCCAGACGAGCUCCCUCCACAGUUCAACAGUUAUGAAGACUAUGAGGACAGACGGCCUUCGCCCACUAUGCCAGCUUCUAGAGACGAGCAAUACAGCCCAGUGCGCUAUGAGCGUGAGCCAACUCCAACUCCAUACACUGAAAUGGAUAGAACUGUGGAAAUCUUUAAUCAUGUAGCUGCUGACAUUGAGAUCUUCAUAGAAAAAGUUGCUUUGCAAAAAAAUGAUGUUAACAAGAAAAAGAAAAAGAAAAAGAAAGAGAAAAAUGCAUGGAAACAAGCUGGAAAUCUUCCUUCUGUGGAGGAGUACAUAUCUUGUCUACAGAAAAUAAAGUAUGGAUUUAAUCUCCUGGGAAAGCUAGAUGGUUACCUUAAAACCCCUCCAGCUGUUGAGUUUGUUCACAGUCUCUUCUCUACUGUGGGUUUUGUGGUUGGUCACUAUGACCCCAACAUUCCUUCCACAGUGUUGAGUCCUAUGAUAACAGAAAAAUCCCUGCAGCUCCUUGGAACUGUUGUCACACCAGAGGAGGACCGACUCUGGGGCAGUUUAGGAGACUCCUGGACUGUCCCAAGAUCCAAGUGGCCAAAUGGGGAUCAGAUCCCUCCAUAUUAUCCUGUAUUUUAUGAUGGCUGGGAGCCCCCUCCACCUAUCCCAACCCAGUCACCCCCCUCCAGCAGGCAGCCAUCACGGAGCAACAGUCAGCGAUUCCCACCCAUAAACGUCAUACAGAGGCUACCUGAACUGGACCACGGAUCCUGGAGCAAUCUACCCACUCGGUCACCAGAGCCGCCACAUUACAUGAGGGUAAUCUAUGACUUUAUGGCAAGAAACAGUCAAGAACUGAGCGUGCUGAAGGGUGAUGAGGUUCAGGUAAUCGACAAGUCCAAGCAAUGGUGGAAAGUGAAAAAUAGCCGUAAUGAGGAGGGUCAUGUGCCUCAGAACGUUCUAGAGCCUGUUGAUUUUGAAGCGCCAACUGGUGGACCUACAUAUUCUCAGCAGAAUAUGAGAGGACCUCCAUUUCUGGACAUGAAAUCCAGACCUGAUGAUGUCAGAGCCUGGUUACAGUACAAAGGCUUUUCUAAAGCGACUGUUCAGAGUCUUGGGGUGUUAAAUGGAGCACUGUUGCUGGGUAUGAAACGAGAUGAUAUCAGAGCAAUAUGUCCAGAGGAAGGAGGUCGUGUUUUCUUCCAGCUGCAGAGCGUCAGAUCUACUGUUGCACUUGCCAGCGAAGUAGAAUACAACCAGUAUGGCCCCCGUUGAUAAUUUGAGCAGGCUGGUACAAAAAUGUAUGAUGGCGGGAAUCGGAACAUGUCUGAACCUGAAUGCACAAAAGCUAAAUAGAGCAUUUGUCAACAUUUUCAUUCAUCAUCAAACAAGCCAUGGCUAAUGCCUGCAGGCUGCUCACUGUUAGAGGGGAAACAAUAGUUAAGUGACAUUACUGUUUCUAGAUGCAAAUGAUACGUACACUGUAGACAUUUUUAUUUAUUUGAUAUAAUCCAGAUUUUUUUUCUAUGAAACAUCUUCGAUCUCCCUGAGGUGGUGGUCACCUAAUGUUUGAGACACUUAACAUAAAUGUUAUGUUUAUUGCAAAUGUGAUUCUGGGGCUAGAGAUACUAUUAUAAUCUUGCUUUUAAACACCUGUGAUUUGGUCAUUAAACCACAGGCUGUUUGUCACUGAUGUUAUGUACUGUAAAGACACUGAAAGUAUUGGCUAAAUGAAAUUACCUAAAUCUGUUACUCUGAUUGAUCCUGUAUACAAAUUGCAUAUUGUGUUGUAAUAAAUGCUCAUUAUUAACCCACACAUCAAUGUACAUUUUUUAAAAAGUGUUAAUUAUGUUUUUGACUU